AAGGAGAUUGCAAGAAAGAAUUAGUAUUAAUCAUGAGCGAGCAAGAAGACGCGAUUUCGAUAAUUCGAAUGGAGAAACUUUUGACGGGCAUUACGAGCAAAAUAGAGGAAUCGAUUGAAAGAUGUGGCGUCUACGAUUCGCCGCUGCUUCGAGAGAUCAACGAGCUCGUCGAGCUCCUCAAGAAAUGCGUUAUAUCCCGCAUGAAGAGGACACCUGAUGUAGAGUGCACGUACGCUAUCAAUUUGCACGAUUGUCGGACCAAAAUAGCGGAAAUCUUGGUGGAACUCGAAGCUUUGCAGGAGGUGUCUGAGGAACAAGACUCGAGCUCCGAAAUUUUUUUGAGGGAUAUCGUUACCUGUCUAAACGAUGAGGAAGAGAUAAUGCGAAGCAUCAGGGAAACGUCAGAAGUAGAGAUACCAAGAGAAAUAGAGGAAUCGAUGCGGGAGAUGCUGAAUGUAAGAGAACGAGAGGAAACGCGAAAGAAGGUACUACAGUCUGAAAUAGAUUCAACAGAGCGUAGACUGUACAACGUUAUAGAAUUCAAUGCAACAUCCGAGAAAAAGCUCUUUGAUAUAUGUGGAAAAGUCGAACAACAAUAUAUCACUAUUCUUACUAAAUACGAUUGUGACAUCAGCGCGUCUCAUGCGUUAACAGAGAAACUGUCGAAAGACAAUGAAGUUAUUAAAGCAAAAAUUAAAGAAAUGGAGGAUCAACUGACCGUGCAACGAAAACUGUACGUUCAAUUUAAGAACGAGCAAGAAAUCGCGCUGAUGAAAGCUUUUAACGAAAAACUUGAACUCUUUAGGCGUAAUCGAGCCGCCAAGACUAUCCAAAGAACAUGGAGAGCAUAUUUUGAGCGUAUUUCUCUAAAGAAACGACGAAAAACGAAGAGAAAAUAAGAUAAUUCCUUCAGUUUUUAUACGAAAGAGCUAGAUAAUAUCAGCUUAUCAGUAGAACGCACGACAAAACAAACUAGAUAUAUAGCGCCGAAAAUACUUUUUUAUGGAUAUAAAAAAUAAACUACGUGUGAUGAGGAAA